CGCAUGUAUCAAUGUGCUGAUUGGCACACUUUGUUCUGCAAUAGUCGUGACGCACGUCUAUUCCUUAUCGUCUGAUUGAGUCCUUAUAGUCGGCAUUUAGAUGAAGCAAGAACAAAGAUGAUAAUUAUUUGAUUCGUCGUAUAGUGUAUUACGCGCUUAAUACGUUAAUAUCUAAUCUGUCACAUCUAGUUUCAGAAACAUAACCUAGUAUUUCAGAUCUACGAUAAUGUUUUGGAAAUCAACAUUAAAUUUGUUAUUAAAAUAUAAGAGAAAUUGUGAGUUAAUCCGUAAAACUCAUUGUUGGAUAUCUCCUCAAGGCUUUAAAACGGAAAUUAAUGUCUAUAAUUGCGCGACAAGGCGAAAAGAACCUUUAAUUUUGAAAAACAAAGAUCGUAUUACUUGGUACACUUGUGGACCUACAGUUUAUGAUUCUUCGCAUAUAGGGCACGCAAGCUGUUAUGUUAAAUUAGAUAUAAUACAGAGAAUAUUAAAAGAUUAUUUCAAAUAUGAUAUAAUCAGUUGUUUAAAUAUUACAGAUAUUGAUGAUAAGAUAAUUAGGAGAGCAAAUGAACUUGGCGUGGAUAUAAAUGAAUUAACAGAGAAGUACGAAAAAGAAUUUUUGUGUGACUUGGAAAAAUUAGGAAUUGCAGAACCAAGCAUUAUAAUGAAAGUUACUCAAAAUAUGCCUUUAAUAAUAAGUUUUAUAGAAAAACUUAUUGAAGAUGAUCGAGCAUACAUAGCAACUGAUAAAUCUGUAUAUUUCAAUGUAAAUAGCAUUAAACAAUACGGUAAAUUACAAAAUUUAGGCAAUCAAGAUGAAAUUAACAAACUAUCUGCAAUAAAAAAAUCCAGUUUAGAUUUUGCUUUAUGGAAAGCUAUAAAAGAAGAUGGCGAACCUUUUUGGGACAGUCCUUGGGGUAGAGGUAGACCAGGAUGGCAUGUUGAAUGUUCUGCUUUAGCUUCAUCAAUAUUCGGUGAAAAUAUUGAUAUUCACGCUGGAGGAAUAGAUUUGAGAUUUCCACAUCAUGAAAACGAAGAAGCUCAAUCCUGUGCUUUCCACAACAGUGAACAGUGGGUCAACUAUUGGAUUCACACAGGCCACUUACAGCUUAACAAGACGGAAAAAAUGUCCAAAUCUCUCAAAAAUACUAUUUCAAUUCAAGACAUGCUGCAAAAAACACUGGCAGAUGUAUUUAGAAUGACUUGUAUUAUGUCUCGUUAUGAACAUAACAUGGAAUAUAGUGAAAAAUUAAUGUCAACUGCAAAAAAUAAUUAUGAUUAUUUUAAGAAUUUUAUUAAUUCUUGUAACGAGUUUAAAGAUGGGUUUCUAAAAGCAACAAUUAACGAAGAUAUAAUAAAACAGUUAAUUAGUAGAAGUAAGAAUAAUAUUCAUCAUGCUUUAUGUGAUAAUUUCGAUACUCCUUCUGUUAUAAAAGUUUUAAAUGAACUAGCGUCGACUACGAACAGUAUGUUAUAUUCCUCAACAUCUUCUAGUGGUAAAAAUGGUGUUGUUUCAGUUUUAAGUGUUAGGAACUUUGUUACAAAUAUUUUAAAAAUGUUCGGGUUAAAUUUGAAUAAUAGCAUUAGAGUUUCAAAUGACUCUAGUAAUAUUAUAGACAUUUUAAGUGAAUUUAGGAAAGAAGUGCGUACUAUAGGUUUAGCUAAUAAAAAUGAGAAUUUACUAAAACUUUGCGAUAAUGUUAGAAGCAAAGCCAAAGACUGUGGUGUAACCUUCAAAGAUCACGGAAAAGUUUCUUCUUGGAGUAUAAAAUAAGAAUAAAAGUGACUUGUUCAUGUUGUGUAUAUAUAAAUGGAAUAUUUUUCAA